AUUAAUAUUUCAACUUCCUCUCUGUUGUGUGAACUAAGGAGGUCUUCAUAUGGUUUCAGACUCAUCUCACAAAAUGAGUUAUAUUCCGUGUGGUAUUAUUAUAUUAGCUGCUUAUGUUAACGUUUUCGCUACUGCUGGUGGUUCAAAUUGUCCUUCAAAUGGCUGGUAUCGAGUCAAAUGCUCGUGCUUUAUUGUUAAAACCUCAACGGAAGAUCUCAACUGGAACAAGGCAGAAGAACGUUGCUCCAGGAUGAAUAAAGCUAACCUUGCAAGCAUUAAAUCCCAACACCAAAAUGAAAUUUUAGGAGAACAUUUGUCGGGAAAAAAGAGUUGGAUUGGUUUAAGAUCAGAUGGGAAUUCAUCAAUAUUACUUAAAAAUGGAGAGAAAGCGACAUUUCUUAGAGGAGUGAAAACGAGAUAUGACCAAUCAAGAUGCAUUGCCAGUCGUUUAACAAACAACAUUUGGCUGGGAGGAAAAUGCGGGCAAAAGCGAAGAUAUAUUUGUUCUCGUAAACCAGUUGGAAAUGAAAGUUGUCGCGAAGGAUGGAGGCCUCAUCGUAAUUCAUGUUACGCCUUAGCAAUCAAACCACUAGCCUACAAUGAAGCGGAACAAAACUGUAUUAGAAUAAAUAGCACACUUGUUGAGAUUUCCACGAAACAGGAAUACGAGUUUCUCCGAAAACGGCUUCACACGGGGGAUGAGAUUAUAGAAGUCUGGAUUGGUUUACAGAAUGAGACCAGCGCCAAUAAUUUUGACACUCUAGGAGGCCAUGUGAUAACCGAGACAAGGUCAAAAAACUGUGUUAGGAUGGAGCUUGCUAAGACUAGCGUAAUAUGGGAGGCAAAGAAAUGCAAUGCAACACUGAAGUCAUAUGUUUGUGAAACAAGGAAUAUUGAAUUGGAUUUCAAAGUUAACGUGACAAAUGUAAAUGAGACGUCAGCAAAGAUAUCUUGGUCAACACACCCUCAUGAAUGUUUAUUAUCUAGUGACGAAGAAUAUAAAUUAGAAAUACACGAAGAGACCAAAUUGAAAUAUUCAAUGAAAAUAACCCUGCCUGAAUCAUCUCAGAUUGUAGGAGACUUUAAGCCAAAGACCAAAUAUCAAAUUAAAGUUGCACGGAAUAAUAAAACGAUGGCGGUAAAGAACUUCUCAACAUCGAAAAUAGAAAAUCCACUUCACGUGCUGGCAAAGAUUUCCAGUCAAGAGAUACACGCAAAAGAAGGCGAUACUGUGAACCUUCUGUGUGCAGUCACAGGGGAACCACCAAUACGUUUCAGUUGGAUAAAGGACAAAAAUAUGAUGAAAAGCUAUGUCGAAACGAAAAAUCCUCAACAAAGUUCAAUCCUUUCAGUUGUGCUAAAAAAUCAAACGCAUUUUGGCACAUAUAUCUGUCAUAUCAAGGAUCAAUUUGGCAAUAAAACCCAUGCUAUUAAAGUCAUUCCGUUAUCAGAAGAUGAUCAGUCGGAAAACAAUUUGUUUGUGAUCGUUAUUGUCAUUCUUGGGAUAGCUGUGGCUAUCCUACUGGUCAUUAUGGCAUAUUGCAUCAGAUCUAUCAGGCGUUUAAGACGUAGACUUGAGGAAACGAAGAAAACAAGUCCAGUGACGUUAAGAAAUGUUUCAAAAGAGGGUUUGACUUAUGACAAACCGCAGCCAUCACCUGGCAAAACAAGUAUUGACGUUCGUUAUGUUUCGCCCGAGGAGGAAAACGAGGCGUACACGGCUCUGAGAAGGAAUGGUGACGAAGAAGAAAAUUUUUACUCGCCACUGAAAGACGCACCUCUUUACGUCAAUGCAAAUGAAUUUAAAUAAGAGCCCUGAUUUAGUCAAAUGUUAAUAGAAAUUAGACUUAGAGAGUCAGCUGACUGUUGUGGAUCUUACGAGGCUUGCGUUUUAUACUUUAUAUGGCGAGGCGAAUCAGUAACUCGAUUUAUAUAGUAGUGACAACCUAUCGAUUUGAGCGAAAAUGAUUCUCUAUUAUUGCUGCGCUUAAAGGCGAUUCUCAUUGCCAUCCGGUCCCCCCUCGGGUUCCCCCAGUGCCGGCGAAGCGGAUUUUGAAAAUCUGCCCGGCGACGGGCAGAAAAAACAAAGCCCGCGCGGGCGGAGAAUCGCCUUGAGGGCAGAUAUAUCUGCUGGCAUUGUCGCGUUUUU